AAUGCAGGCAUUCUGACUCUGUGGAAAGGGUGAGCUAUUGAAAAAAGAGUUUUGAAGCCGCAGCGACCGCAUUGCCUUGCGAUCGCCGAUCUGGUCCGCAGUGAUCCCUCCUAAAAGCGAAGGGAGCAGCCCUGAGGCUGAGCGUUUGACUUGGUUGUCGCGCUUGCAAAGCAGCCUUACACUGACUCCUCGCCCCGUUGCAAGCAGCAGACGAACGGGAGAUCUACAAGCAACUCAGAGAAGCUUACCCUACAAGUGACUUAACUAUCUGCGGUUCUUUAGACCGGGAAGGAGGCGGAGCGAUCGUCCUGGCUUCCGGGUUAAAGACCCCGGCGGAUCUACGCUCCUUGGCGUAGAUUGCAAGCCCUAACUAAGCAUGUCUGCUUGGAAGUAAGUCCUGCUGAAUGCAGUGGGGCUUAUAUACCCAGGUAAGUGGGGGAAGCAGCAGUUGUGGCUCUAGGUAUUCAGAGUGCGGAGAAAAAAGCGUGAGUCUCCGGGCGCAGCUUCCCAUGGCUGCUGUCGGGUUGGCGGGUGAGCACUUAUUUUGGAAGAUGCGCCACUGGAGCGAAUGGGUGCCAACUUUGGAGUCAGCAGGUAAAUGAUCGGUUUCAACCGAGGGCUCCUUUCUCCAUUGGCUUGAAAUGGCCCCUUUUUAUUUAUUAAAUGAACAGAAUUGUGUACUCAGUAUUGCCUAAUUGCGGAAACGGAAUAGUAGAAACGUAGAGGUGGAAAGGACCCCAAGAGUAAUCUUUUUUUUUAUUUUUUUUUAAAUAAUUUUUUAUUGAUUUUACAAACAAGUUUUAUACAAUACAAACAAAUAAAAAGACAUACAAACAUGUAUAGUUUCCUAACCUUUUUUUCAUAACCCUCUCUUCUCGGACUCCCCCAAACCUCCCCUUCCUACAUCCCAAUUCCCAGAAUUAUUUCAGCAAAUUCUAAAUAAUUUUAUCAAAUAUAUUUUUCUUAUUUUUUUUUUCUUCAACUUAAUCUUAUAUCGCUGUAAUCUCCUUUUCUUUCUCCAAACCUCGACAUUUUAGCAUUCCUCAAUUUUAUGAUAGUUCUUUAGAUAGAUUUUAAAUUUCUUCCAAUCUUCUUCCACCGUCUCUUUCCCCUGCUCACGGAUUCUGCCAGUCAUCUCCGCCAAUGUCAUAUAAUCUAUAACCUUCAUCUGCCACUCUUCCAAGGUGGGUAGUUCUUCUGUCUUCCAAUACUUUGCGAUGAGUAUUCUUGCUGCUGUCGUAGCAUACAUAAAAAAAGUUCUGUCUUUCUUUGAUACCAAUUGGCCGGCAAUGCCCAAGAGAAAGGCCUCUGGUUUCUUCAGGAAAGUACAUUUAAGUACCUUUUUAAUUCAUUAUAUAUCAUUUCCCAGAAAGCCUUAAUCUUUGGGCACGUCCACCAAAGGUGAUAAAAAGUACCUUCAGUUUCUUUACACUUCCAACACUUAUUAUCAGGCAAAUGAUAAAUUUUUGCUAGCUUGACUGGAGUCAUGUACCACCUAUAGAUCAUUUUCAUAAUAUUUUCCUUUAUGGCAUUACAUGCCGUAAAUUUUAUACCGGUGUUCCACAACCAUUCCCAGUCAGCAAACAUAAUGUUAUGACCAAUGUCCUGUGCCCACUUAAUCAUAGCUGAUUUAACUGUUUCAUCUUGUGUAUUCCAUUUCAGCAGCAAAUUAUACAUUCUAGACAAGUUCUUAGUAUUGGGUUCUAACAGUUCAGUUUCUAAUUUUGAUUUCUCCACCUGGAAGCCAAUUUUCCUGUCUUGUUUAUACACCUCCAUUAUUUGAUAAUAAUGGAGCCAAUCUCGUACUUUGGGUUUCAAUUUCUCAUAGCUCUGUAGCUUUAACUUAUCUCCAUCUUGUUCCAAAAUUUCCCGAUACUUUAGCCAUUCGGCUUCCAUAUUAAGCUUUUUCAACGCCGUGGCUUCCAAAGGUGACAACCAUCUAGGAGUCUUACUUUCCACCAAAUCUUUAUAUCUUAUCCAAACAUUAUAUAAUGCUUUCCUGACAAUAUGAUUUUUAAAGGCCCUAUGCACCUUGAUUUUAUCAUACCAUAAAUAUGCAUGCCAACCAAAUGUAUUGUUAAAACCUUCUAAGUCCAAGAUGUCUGUAUUCUCGAGGAGCAUCCAUUCUUUCAGCCAGCAAAAAGUUGCUGCUUCAUAAUACAGUUUUAAGUCCGGCAGGGCAAACCCCCUCUUUCUUUUGCAUCCGUCAGUAUUUUAAAUUUUAUUCUGGGUUUUUGCCCUGCCAGACAAAUUUCGAAAUAUCCUUCUGCCACCUCUUAAAACAGUCUAUCUUGUCUAGAAUUUGUAAUGUUUGAAACAAGAAUAACAUUCUGGGCAAUACAUUCAUCUUAAUAACUGCAAUUCGGCCUAACAUUGACAAUUUCAAAUUUGACCAUAUUUCUAGAUCUUUUUAAUUUCCGACCAACAUUUUUCAUAAUUGUCUUUAUACAGGUUCAAAUUUUUAGAUGUCAAAUAGACCCCUAGGUAUUUCACCUUCUUUACCACUGUCAAACCUGUUUCAUUCUGAAACUUCUCCCUUUCCAUGGCUGUUAAAUUUUUUCCAAGACUUUAGUCUUUUGUUUAUUCAAUUUAAAUCCAGCUACCUGGCCAAAUUCUUGGAUUAGCUCCAACACCCUUUUUGUACUAGUGUCUGGCUCUUGUAAAGUAAGUACUAAAUCAUCUGCAAAGGCCCUUAACUUGUAAUGUUUAGCUCCGACCUGUACACCUUUAACCUGCUGGUCAUCUCUAAUCAUAUUUAGCAACACCUCCAGAACAGAAAUAAAAAGUAAUGGGGAGAUAGGGCACCCCUGUCGUGUCCCUUUUUCUAUUUUAAAUUCUUCAGUUAUCACAUUAUUUACAAUCAAUUUAGCUUUUUGUUCAGUGUAUAUGGCACCCAUACCAUUCUCGAAUCCUUGGCCUACCCCCAUCCCAUGAAGAUUCUUUUUCAUAAAACUCCAAGAAAUAUUGUCAAAGGCUUUCUCCGCAUCUACAAAGAUCAGAACUGCUUUAGUGUUUAUAUUCACCUCUAAUAAUUCCAAAAUGUCUAUUAUGUUCCUCACAUUGUCUGAUAAAUGUCUUUUAGGGAGAAAGCCUGCUUGGUCCUUAUGAAUCUUCUCCAUCAACACUCUUUUCAAUCUUUUUGCCAAAAUGUCUGCAAAGAUUUUGUAAUCCACAUUAAGUAAUGAUAUUGGGCGGUAGUUCUUAAGUUGAUUCUUUUCAAUCUCUGUCUUUGGUAUGAGUGUAAUGUACGCUUCUUUCCACGAUUCUGGUGCCCUUUUCCCCUCUAAGAUCUCAUUACAGACUUCCUUUAAUGGUUGUACCAACCAUUCCUUCAAAGCCUUAUAAUAUCUGGAAGUCAAUCCAUCUGGUCCUGGAGAUUUGCCCAGUUGCAUGUUUUGAAUGGCACCCUCUAUCUCUUGAUCUGUUAUUCUCUGAUUUAGAUCCACCUUACUUUGGUGAGAGAUUUUUUGUAGUCCAUACUUUUUAAGAAAUUCUUCUAUAUCCUCCUCCUUCUGUGGUCCUUGUGAAUAUAAUUUUUUUAAAAUAACUCAAAAAACAAUUUCUUAUCUCGUUAGGUUUAGUUAUAUUCUUUCCAUCCACUUCUAGGCUUGUAACUGUGUUUAGUUUCUGCCUUUUCUUCAAUUGCCAAGCCAGAAGUUUACCACAUUUAUCUGCAGAUUCAAAUGUCUUUUGUCUCAUUUGUUUUAUCUUCCAUUCAAUCUCUUGAUUCAUCAAUUCCAUGUAUUGUGUCUGAUAUAACUUAAUCUCUCUCAAAAUCUCCUGGGACUUUGGUUUUGAUCUCAAUUUCUUCUCUCCUUCUUUUAUCUUUUCCAAGAUCUUAUCCUUCUUCUCAUUUUGCUUUCUCUUUUUUACUGAAUUUUGUUGAAUUAGAAAUCCUCGCAUCACUGCUUUGCUUGCGUCCCAGAUCACUCUUUUUUCUACAUCAGUUUUUAGAUUUAUUUCAAAAUAGUCCUUUAAAGUUUUUGGGCCUUUCUGUGGAUCUCCUCAUCUCGAAACAGGGUGUCAUUCAUCCUCCAUCUGAAUUGACCAGUUGUUGUAAGUUUCAUUUCCAUCUUCACGGCGUUAUGGUCGGAGCAGGUCUUUGGGCAGAUUUCCACUUUUUUAAUCUUUGGAGCCAACCCACUAGUAAUCCAAAUUUGAUCGAUUCUGGUCCAGGUCAUCAUUGCUUCAGAGAAAAAGGUUCCCUCUCUCUCGAGAGGAUUCGACCCCAAGAGUAAUCUAGUCCAUUGCAGGAAUCACAACUAAAGGAUCUAUGGCAGAUGGUUAGCCAACCUCUGCUUAAACUACCAGACUUUUAGAAGACAUUUGAAGGCAACCCUGUUUAGUGAAGCUUUUAAUGUUUAACAGAUUAUUGUAUUUUAAUAUUUUGUUGGAAGCCGCCCAGAGUAGCUGGGGAAACCCAGCCAGAUGGGUGGGGUAUAAAUUAUUAUUAUUAUUAUUAUUAGUAGUAGUAUUAUUAUUUAUUAAAAACCUCCCAAGGAAGGAGAGUCCAUCUUCCAAGAGAGUCCAUUCCAGCUCUUAAGUGGUUUACAUAAAAUAAACAUUACAGCUACCAAUAAAAGUCUGAAGUCAAAAGCAAGCUGACCUAUUUCCCUCCCCACCCAAAGUAUAAAUAAAAUCAGCAGUUGAAAAUAUAUAUGUUAUAAAAAUACAUAUUGAAAUGCAUGUCAACUUUACAUGUAUGCUUUAAUGGACAUCCAUGAAAAUGUUGUCUCUCACCAAUUUGUGGAUUUUUGAUGGGGGGUGGGGCGUAUGGAAUAUUUAAUUUUCCAGUGCUGGCCCUGUUUCUAUAUCAAUUUUCUUCUUAGGGUGUAGUCCCAUGUACCUGGGAAUAAGUGCAGCUGAACUUGGAGGGAGUUACUUCUGAACACAUAUGCAAAGGAUUGCAUUUUUAGUUUUGAGCAGAAAUGUGGAGGAUUGCACUAUGUGUACAGUGGUACCUUGGGUUACAUACGGUACGCUUCAGGUUGCAUACGCUUCAGGUUACAGACUCCGCUAACCCAGAAAUAGUGCUUCAGGUUAAGAACUUUGCUUCAGGACAAGAACAGAAAUCGUGCUCUGGCGGCACGGCGGCAGCAGGAGGCCCCAUUAGCUAAAGUGGUGCUUCAGGUUAAGAACAGUUUCAGGUAAAGAACGGACCUCCGGAACGAAUUAAGUACUUAACCUGAGGUACCACUGUAUAUUGUUCUGUCUGGCACCUGUGCUGAAAGUCUUGAAGGAAAGCAGUGGUUUAAUGCACUGAGGGAUGAAUUUGCAUUUGUAUGUUGUUGGUGGUGUUUUUGGCAAUUGCUACAAUAACUUAAAUCCUCCUCUUAUUUCUCUUUAAAACAGCAGUCAGAACUCAAGAAUCUACAACAGAAGUUUUUGUUUUUAAAAAUAUGAUGGACCUGAGUUGAUUGUGUGGCUGUUGAAAAUCCAGGCACAAUGGUGCUCCAGAAAGCAAAACCAAGAAGACUUCUAACAAUUAGCUACCUGCUGAGGAGACAUCUUGCAACCAGAAGCAGCCCCAUAAAGUAUGCUUCGUUUUCAGAAGUCUUGCAAUUAAACGAAAAACAGUUCACUGGAGUCGCGUUCCCUCUCCAAGAAAUGGCAAGAUACCUGACCUCUAACGUGGACACGUCAUCCUUCCAGAUUUUCAAUCCUAACCACAAUGAAAUCAACAAAGCAGAGGCGUUUUUCAUUUCAACACGGUGGCACCCCAUUGAUUAUUUCACUUCAGCUGUCCGGAUGGAUCACGCUCCCCAAUUGUCACAGCCUGAGGUGAGGUCAAUGAAAUGCAAUUUUUAUCCUUAGGAGCAACUUCAGUUGCCAUGUGAGUGCUUAUGGGAAAAGAAGAACCAAUUGCAUUGUUUGAAGUGUCAUGGGGUGGGGUGGGGAGGAAGGGGAGUUGCUAAAGCUAUGGGUUGUAUAAAUGUACUUUGCUUUGAUUGCAGAAUAUGGCCUUGAAUUCAGUUGUCAAAGCAAAGUUUCUGGUUCUUAUGAUGGAGAGUUUCGUACAUGCAGCUGUUUGCCCAAAGCAGCAAGUUUGCAGUGGCAAUGAUGUUAAAAUAAUAAUAAUAAUAAUAAUAAUAAUAAUAAUAAUAAUAAUAUAAUGCCACCCAUCUGACUGGGUUGCCCCAGCCACGCUUGUCAGCUUCCAACAAAAUAUAACUGAUAACUGUCUAGCCAUGCUAGGUCACUAUGUGUGGGAAAUUGUUGUUGUUGUUGUUGUUCAGUCGUUUAGUCGUUUCCGACUCUUCGUGACCCCAUGGACCAGAGCACGCCAGGCACUCCUGUCUUCCACUGCCUCCCACAGUUUAGUCAAACUCAUGCUGGUAGCUUCAAGAACACUGUCCAACUAUCUCGUCCUCUGUCGUCCCCUUCUCCUUGUCCCCUUCUCCAUCUUUCCCAACAUCAGGGUCUUUUCCAGGGAGUCUUCUCUUCUCAUGAGGUGGCCAAAGUAUUGGAGCCUCAGCUUCACAAUCUGUCCUUCCAGUGAGCACUCAGGGCUGAUUUCCUUAAGAAUGGAUAGGUUUGAUCUUCUUGCAGUCCAUGGGACUCUCAAGAGUCUCCUCCAGCACCAUAAUUCAAAGCAGUGUGGGAAAUUGGUAUCUUUUAAAUGAGGUGUUGACUUUUCUGUAAAAGAUAAAAAGGUAAGGACCCCUGGACAGUUAAGUCCAGUUGAAUUUGACUAUGGGGUAUGACUAUGAUUUUUCUGUAACAAAACCUGAAGAGAAAGCUCUACUCAGGGGCACAAGCUGUGGUCAGGUGUAGACUGUACCAGUGUUUCUUGAGAUACAUGCUUCUGGAUUUAGCCUUAAAGCUAGGGGGGAAUCUGAGCAGUCUUCCAAUUAGGGAGUUUCACUCAAUACAGCACCCUCUUCUUCCUUGUAAUCCCCAGGUCCAUCCUUUAGUUCCCAUCCUUUUGCAUUACAUACAUUGAUCUUACUCUCACUGCUUCCCCAAGGCGCCUGUGCUAAGAAAUAAAAAAGUACCAUUUUAAAAAAGGGGGAGGGGGAACGCAUCAGAAUAAAAGGUGCAUCCAAAUAUAUGUAAAUCAUGUCUGUUUAAGUAAUCCUAAGCAUACUUGGGAAAGUGAAUACCAUCAAAAUCAAUAAAUAUUCAGUAUUGUCCCGCUAGUUUCAGAAUUAGGGAACAAGCUGCAGUCCUAAGUGUAUUUAUUAAGAAAUACAUUCAGGCAUUUCCUUUAAAGUAAGCAUGUUCAAACUUGGUCUGCAAAGUUGACAAGCCAAAUAAAGGCAACUUUCCUAAUUUCAUAAUUCCAGUAGCAGAAUUUCAGGUUGCUCUCCCACAUUAUUCCUCUGUAGAUGCAAACUUCUGGAAAAGCCAAGGAACCUUUCAAAGUGGCAUGCAUUCCUCAUACUAAUUCUCCUAAAUGGGACUGCUAAAAUCUUGUCCAUGAAGAACUGAGGACUCUGAGGACUCCCUUUUCUUUUAGUUGUCCUCACAUUUUGUAGAUCUUGAGAGUUAUUUGAUCCAAAAGCGAAUUGAGUUGUAGCAAGAAAUCCAUAUUCUCUGGAGAAAUGUAUUAUUUGCUGUAACUGGGCCUAUCUGUUGAACUGUGCUCUUUGGUCAGGGUAACAACAGAGAGAAUAGAUGUACGACUCCUUGCUUUAAUACAUGUCAUUGGAUGAGAAAGAUAAAUGUGAAAUAACUAACUUCUUCCCACAGGUUUGCUUUUUAGGAAGAAGCAAUGUUGGAAAAUCCUCCUUAAUAAAGGCUCUGUUUUCAUUGUCCCCUGAUGUUGAAGUCAGAGUUUCAAAAAAUCCAGUAAGUAGCAUUCGGAGAUUUUAUUACAUUGACUUUGGAAUUUAAUUGAGCCCAACUAAAAGCAGGCUGUUCCUGGGUUGCAUCUCAGAGCAGACCCAUUGAAAUAAAUGGACUAGUCAGAUACAGCCCUCUGUUCUGCGACAUAUAUUGUGACAUUGUUUGUAACUGGUAGAAAGGAUCCAGCUUGGAAGGAGAGAACCAAGAAGUUACGUACUCAGACAGAGCUUUCAUGUCUCCCCUAGCACAGUGAGUUUGAAAUUAGUAUUUCUAUACCAGCAAUGUGGUUGCUGUCCCAGAUGCUCUUGGAUCUCUUCUCCCUUGUUGGAUGAUCAGGUGUUGAGAAAUUGUGCGAUAUACUCUGUAUGAACAGCAAUCUUCCACAGCCAUCCGAUGAUACUUACAUAUGCUUUCAUGUCAGAGACUGGCCAAAUGAGGAGCAGUGGCAUUUCAUCAUCUUAACUGAGAAACCACCCCAGUUUUGAAAUAAGAUGAAACAAACAACCCUAACCCUCCCAUUUUUUUUUUCCUCCAGGGCCACACUAAGAAACUGAAUUUCUUCAAAGUGGGGGAUUUAUUUACUUUGGUGGAUAUGCCAGGCUAUGGUUACAGAUCACCCAAAGAUUUUGCAGAGAUGGUGGAGCCUUAUUUAAAUCACCGUGCAAAGUAAGAUAACAGCUUGAAAUUUCACUUCAGUCUUUUCUACAGGAUUAUGUGGGGAAAUAAUUUAGGUUAAAAAAUAUUAUUUUAAAGACAAUCCAUUUUAUAACAAUAUGGGGAAGUGUCUUAGACUAACUAAGGCAUGUGAAAUAGCUUUUAGAUGCAGUGUCUAUUUAAACUUGAGCCAAUCACAGUACUUGUAAAUAUUAUUUUAACAUAGUCUUACAGCAUUCUUUACAGCAGUGGUGAAGAACCUCUGGCCUUCAAGUCUAAGCAGGCCCACUGAGCCUUCCCAUUUGGCCCAUGAGGCUGUUUUAUAUGCAUCAGGUGUAGGGCAGGUAGACCCCCAACUUGGCGAAAUACACCGCUGAUUGGAGGCACUUGCAAAUCUUUCCACAAAGCCCUGUGCAAAAAGAGGUCACCCAAAAUUGUUGUUGUAAGUACUGAUUGCCUGCUUUGUAGCAUAGGAUGUAUUGGAGUCCAUACAAAUGACCAAACUGCCCUAGAAUAAGCUCAUUCACCCAACGGUAGUGUGGUCAUCUGUAUCAUCCCAGCAGGUAGAAAAGGAUGAACAAUUGUAUAAUUGUUGCCUGGGCUAGAUUUAGGAUUUGCAGAUAAAGGAUAUAUAUUGCUGCAAAGCACAGUUGUGAGCUGUGGUUUUAUGUUUUCUAGUCUGAAACGGACAUUCUUAUUAGUGGACGGCCUGGUCGGAAUUCAGGAAACGGACAAAGUUGCUAUAGAAAUGUUGGAAGAAUUUGGGAUCCCUUAUGUUGUGAGUUGUGAUUUUUGUUUAAAAAUGAAGGCAGUCAGCAGUCAAUAUAUUGAACUAGCAGGAGUAAAAAGGCAUGUAGCAGAAACAAGGAAGUAUUCAUUGCCGUGUAAGCAGACUUCUGCAAGUGCAAUGGGGCUUCUCUUCUUUUUUCCUCUUUCCUGUAGCCCCGUGUGACACUUCUCCAAUCUGCUCAUCAGGGUCCCCAAUUCAGGUUUUAGGCAUCUUUGGAGGCUCCAGGAUGAAGGAAAGGAAGAGGAAGCCAUUAUUGCAGGUGCAUGGACAACACUGGAUGCCAUUCACCAUUCCGCCAAAGUUAUACAUUUGUCCAGUUAAUAUUAGUGUCCUUUUUUUUGUUAUUAUUAGUUGAAUAAUGGUUUGAAAAAUGACUUGCAAGUAGAAACUAUUAGACUUGACUAGGAGAUUUUAAAAGCCUGUGUUGAAAAAAUAAUAACACAGGCAAGAUUUUUAUGAAUUAUGAUCAUAGGUGAUUAAAAACUGAAGCAGCUUUAUCAUGUACUGAAGGUAUGCUAUUAAAACCCCAAGUUUCACUAUGUGUGCACUGAUACUUGUUAGAAUCCUAGAUUCCUAGCUGUUAUUUAAAUACUGUAUACUGUUUUAGCUUUCAUGUUUGUGAAGGUGAAUUUGAAAAUAUAAAGGUUUCUGACCUUGCCCUCAGUCCUAACAAGGUUGCUUAGCCCUAACAUAGAUCCUCUGGAUCCAACAUAAAAUAGUAAUCCAAAACAUUAUACUGGAAGAUUAACAAGAUAUGGAGAUCUCUGUUCACCUUUAGAAAUGAAAUAUAUUUGUCUUGUAGAUUUAGAAAUUGAAAGAAGAUAUAAAUAUUGAAAUAAAUAAAUAUACAGUACUAAGUUAUUAGUCUGAUCCAUUGACUCUUAAAAUGUUCCCACUAAGCCUCACCCUUUUCUUUUUCUUAAGGAAGAUAUGAAAACCUGUUUUUCUCCCCUCACACAGAAGUCUCCAUAAGUAUAAAUCUGGAGUGAGGAAAAGUUGGAAGAGAACAAAAUACACAAUUUGGGUUUUUUAAAAUUGUUUUGUAGAGUAAAAAGACUCAUCAACAAUGUUAGCAUACUUACCUAAUCUGAGAGCUAAAUUUGAAAGACUUUACCAAGAAUUCAAGACUUCUUUAAGAGUUGCUCUACAAUGUUUAAAAUAUUGGGGGGGGGGUGUUGUUGUUUUUGCAGAUUGUAUUGACUAAAAUUGACAAAGCAUCAAAAGGAGUGAUGACAAGAAAUGUGAUACAGAUUCAAGACUUUGUUAACAAAAAGACACAAGUGUGCUUUCCUCAACUCUUUCCUGUCAGGUAAAACUUGAAAAGGGGUUCUUACCCAGUCAGAAAUAGAACUGCACAUGUAAUGCAAAUGCUGCACUCUCAUCAAAUAACAUUUUCUCAUUUUUUCUACAGUUCUUUGUAUUGCUUUGGAAUCCAUGUGCUAAGAUGCUUUAUAGCACACGUUACUGGAAAUCUUCCCCUGUCCACUUGAUGAUACUUCAUUCCCAAAUCUUAAUGACUCGUCUUCAUUGUUCUUCCAAUAAAAGAGACAAGAUUUAUUGCUCUGUACACUUCUCUUUUUUCCAAGCCUUGUGAAUAAUUUGUGUAUAAUAAAUGCUAUUUAAGUUA